AGAAAGAGAAAGAUUGACCAGAGACCUCAUCUAGCAGGCACACUUCCUUACUCAGUCACUCUCUCCUCUCCCGGUCUGGGACGUGUAGGACAGCUGUGUCUGUAGCUUUCUAUCAGGUGAGUCCAUCCUCCUUACUCAGUCACUCUCUCCUCUCCCGGUCUGGGACGUGUAGGACAGCUGUGUCUGUAGCUUUCUAUCAGACGACACUCCAUACACAGACAUGAUGCAUCGCAUCUUCCUCAUCUGCUUGAGUUCUCUGCUCCUCCUCCUCUUCCUCUCCUCCUCCGCGCUUUCGGAACCCCGCCGAUGGUCGUCAUCCUCACCACGCAGCAGGACCGCGCGCGCUCCGGUUUCCAAGGUGCGCCUGGCGGGAAACUUCGCCCGGGGACUGAACGAGGGUCGCGUGGAAGUGCUUCACAACAGCACGUGGGGGACGGUGUGUGACGACGAAGUGGAUAUCAAACUAGCCAAAGUCGUCUGCCGCGAGCUGGGCUUUCAGACCGGCAUCACGUGGGCGCACAGUGCCAAAUAUGGAGAGGGUGAUGGUCCUAUCUGGAUGGACAACGUGCGUUGUGACGGCACAGAGAAGACUGUGAAAGACUGUAAACAUAACGGCUGGGGUGUCAAUGAUUGCAAGCACUCUGAGGACCUUGGCGUGGUCUGCAGUCCGGAGCGACGACUGGACCAGGUCACGGGGUCACGUAAUGGUCAGUCAGUGGCCCUGCGUCCGGAUGUCAGCGUCUCGCCCCAGUGGCAAAGCAUCCUGGCCAGCCGCAGUAACCCCCGACAGGCCCAUCAUGGGAACGGACACCCUGCAGAGAGGCCCAGCCAGAGACAGCACCACUACAACCCGUAUUCCAGCAAGGUGCGUAUCCAGGAGGUGCGUCUGCGGCCCAUCCUGAUGCACACUAAGAAGCGGGCCCUGAUCACUGAGGGCGUGGUGGAAGUGAAGCAUGCUGGGAGAUGGAGGCAGGUGUGUGACCUGGGCUGGAACCUCAACAGCAGCAGAGUGGUGUGUGGAAUGCUGGGGUUCCCUGAGGCAGAACUACACAACGAAAGAACAUACAAGAAAAUCUGGGACACCAAGCUUGCUGAUCCAUCCACAAAGCUGAGCCUCAUGGCUAGUAAGAAAAGUUACUGGGUAGAGAAGGUUCACUGCCUGGGGUCAGAGACCAGCCUAUCAGAGUGUCACACUAAGCUGUCCAUCCCACUUAGCCCCUCCCCCUGUAAGAGUGGGAGACACGCUGUGGCGAGGUGUGUACUGGGACCACAGUUUGCGCUCAUGUCAUCUGGAAGACCCCAAGCACCCCACCCAAUUGUACCGGUGCGUCUGAAGGCUGGCCCCAGGCUGGGCGAGGGCCGUGUGGAGGUGUUGAAGGAGGGGAAGUGGGGUACCAUCGUAGACCACCUGUGGGACCUCAACUCAGCCAGCGUGGUGUGCAGGGAGCUGGGCUUCGGAACUGCCAAGGAGGCCCUCACUGGAGCUCACAUGGGACAAGGUACUGGUCCUAUCCAUAUUAACAGUGUCCAGUGUUUGGGGACAGAGAAGUCUAUCCUAGAAUGUAACUUCCAGGAUGCCCCUCUAUGGACGUUCAAACACACCCAGGACGCCUCAGUACGCUGCAACGUCCCCAAGCUUGGCCUGGACAGCAUGGUGCGGUUGGCGGGAGGCAGGGAGCCAGGUGAGGGCCGUGUGGAGGUACUGAUGGAUGUAGGGGGUCGUAAGAGAUGGGGGUCAGUCUGCAGUGAGAACUGGGGGAUCAACGAAGCCAUGGUGGUCUGUCGACAGCUGGGUCUGGGAUUCGCAUCCCGAGCACACCAGGAGACAUGGUAUUGGGCUGGGGAUCCUAACGCAGCAGAGUUGGUGUUGAGUGGAACCCACUGUGUCGGAAAUGAGCUGUCAAUCCAACAGUGUCGCCGUAACAACCACAUCCACUGUCCCCGGGGUGGCGGGGCUAAGGCUGCAGGGGUCACCUGUUCAGAGACUGCCCCUGACCUGGUACUAGAUGCCCAACUGGUUCAGGAGACAGCCUACCUGGAGGACCGACCCCUACACCUGCUGACCUGUGCCAACGAGGAGAACUGUCUGUCGUCUUCCGCUGCCAGAAUGAACUGGCCCUAUGGACACCGCCGCCUGCUACGAUUCUCCUCCAGGAUCAUGAACAUGGGACGGGCCGACUUCAGACCUAGAGCUACCAGGGAGUCUUGGACCUGGCAUGCGUGUCACAGGCAUUACCACAGCAUUGAGGUGUUCAUACAUACCCCUGACACCUGUCUGACUCUGAAUGGGACCAGGAUAGCAGAGGGACACAAGGCCAGCUUCUGUCUGGAGGAUACAUACUGCCCUGAAGGUCUGCAAAAGCGUUUCUCCUGCUACAACAUGGGCGAUCAGGGCAUCUCAGUGGGCUGCUGGGAUACGUACCGCCACGACAUCGACUGUCAGUGGAUCGACAUCACCGAUGUCAAGCCUGGAGACUACAUAUUCCAGGUGGAAGUCAACCCCUCGUUAGACAUGGCUGAGUCAGACUUCCAGAACAACGUGAUGAGAUGUCGAUGCAAAUACGACGGACACAGAGCGUACAUGUAUGGAUGUCACGCAGGUGAUGCGUACAGUGCAGAGAUUGAGGACCUGUUUGAUCACCAAAGGCAGAUCUCCAAUAACUUUGUCUAGGCCCAUCCAGGGCCCAGCGUUGGCCCAGGCUGGUGCCCAGCAAAGAGGGCUCAGAGCUGGGGCCAAAACUGCUCAGGGUGCCCUGGGGUCUGGACGUCUGGUGGGUCAUGGGACUCCUGCCCCACAACACUAGGGGACUCACAAAAUGGCACCUGUCCACUGCCCUUACCUGCUGUGGACUACACUACCCAGAAUAAACCACAACUAGGAGACCAUCACCCUGACUAUCGCUUUCGACCCCAACAGCCAAUAGGAACUGAGAGCAGGACAGAUGUCACCAGGGAAACCAAAUGAUUUCAGUUAACAAUGGAGGGUUACAAUGAUAUUGAUUCAAUCAACGUUUAGGUAUUUUGUUAGUUUAUGAAUGUGGACUACUAGUAACUUAGCUACUCAAAAUUUCUAUGAAUGAAUUAAUUUCAAUUAAAGUUGAAAUUAUAAUUGUACAUCUAACAUACCAACCUGAUCAAAGAGCAUUUCGUAUGAUUAUGUAUGUAAAUCCCUGAUACUCCUUUUAGUAUGAUAUGUUACAUUUCGUAUAGUAUGUAUCAAUUUGAGGAUGUCCAUCACCCAUUUCAUAUUAUAUGUUAUGAAUUUUCUAAAUUCAAAACAGGUUACGAAUUUACAAAACACAUGAUAUUUAAUGAAUUCUAGUAAAGUGGCUAGCUGGCUUAUGUUAGCUAGCUGGCUAACGUUAGCUAGCUGGCUAAUGUUAGCUAGGCUAGGGCUUAAGGUUAGGGUUAUGUUUAGGAGUUAGGUUAAAGGUUUAAGGUUAGGGUUAGGGGAAGGGUUAGCUAAAAGGCUUAAGGUUAGGGUUAGGGGAAGGGUUAGCUAAAAGGUUUAAGGUUAGGGUUAGGGGAAGGGUUAUCUAACAUGCUAAGUAGUAGCAAAGUAGCUAUAAGGUAGUAAGUAGUUAAAAAGUUGCUAAUUAGCUAAAAUAGUAAAGUUGACCGUGAUGAGAUUCAAACUCGCAAACUUUGGGUUGCUAGACGUUUGCGUUAAUUGCCUACUGAUCCACCCUGACCAACCACCCAUACGCCCACCCGGCCACCCCAACCAACCAUCCUACUUUCCUUUUUGCCUUAAGUAACCAUCUGUCUUAUGUAACCAUACCAAACGUAACAUAUCAUACUAAUUUGAAUGUCCCAGAUUUAGGUUUACUAUGUUACGUCUAGUCUAUGAAAACAGGCUGAAGAUAUGGAUGAUCCCGUAUGCCAAUGUCCCAGGGAAGGGGAAUGACUGAAAAGAGUUCUGUGUUAUCUGUUUGACUGAUGGUCUGUCUAGACAGUGUCUCCUACAAUAUCGGUGCUGUUUGAUCAAAUCUCAACCUUCCAGUAGACUUUAGCGGUCUGCAGUUUUUUGGUCCAUAAACAGGGAUUAAAUAAAACCAAGAGUGUCCUUGAGUGGACCUCAAGGCCCGAGUUUGAAUACGUAGUUGGGUAUGAACGUUUAUCUUAGUUUUUACUAUUGAAUUAGUUGUUUUACUUUGUGCAGGUAUUGCCAAACUCUGAAAAUAAUUAUGAUAUACUGUAGCUACAGUAGAUCUGAUACAUCAAAACAAAUAUAGUUGAUUUAGUUAACAUUUCUCUCUUCUUCGGUUUUAAAAUGACUAUAACAUGAGGUCAAAUCAUUUUCAUGGGAUGAUGCACUUUAUCUAUUGAACUAAUAUCAGUAUUUAGAAUUUUGACCAAGUCCCCCUCCAUAGUUUAAUAUGAUCAGUCAUAAAGUGCACGGUUACCAUAUUAGGACAGCCUAGUCCUUCUGUGACUGAGGCUGUCCUAAUAUGUACUCCGUAAUGUUUGCUUUUGUGACGUUAUCUCUUUAUACCUGCCAUGAAAAUGUUACUUUUGAUGCAGUUUACUGUCUGAUUUGCUGUAGUAACUGAAUUUCAAUGCCUUUGGUGCUCAUUUUGUCAUAACAUGUAAUGUAUCGUAUAUACUGCAGUUAAUUUAUUCAAGGCUACCAUUUGCAAUACUUUUUAUAUUGAUUAAACAUAUAAAACAAGCACAUUUCCCCCAUUACAGUAAGUCACUAGCUAGGGUAUGCACUAGGGUAUGCACUAGGGUAUGCACUAGAAAAAAAGGUCUACCAAGAACCACGGUUUAUUUGACUGUUCCUGUAGCUUGGUUAACCAUUUUUGGUUCCAGAUAUAACUGUAUUGUUUCGAAAAUAUUUUCUUACUGUUUAACUUCAAAGGGUUGAGAUGAACCUUAGCCAUUCAUAUUCCUUUCACAAAAUGGCCGGCAGAGAAAGCUUUGUGCCAUCCACCCAAGUGCAGUUCUCCACCCUUCUGGCCUUCCCAACCCACAGUUCUGCGGCAGCCAGGCAGGCAGUGUAUGAAAAAAACUUGAAUUAGCUGUGUUUGGGUUAGAGUUAGGGUAAGCAUGGGGCGUACACAGAGAAACACAGCAACUGUGAGCUCUGCUGUCAACAGCUAUAGGCAUGGGUGGGAAAGACACACGAGAAAGAGAGAAAGAGAGGGUAGGGGUAGAGAGAAAGAUAUGGAGAACAAUGCCUUCACAUUGGCCGGGAGAAAGAAAAAGAGAAAUAGAAAGAGGAUAAGCCUUGGCGUGGGCAACACAUCCACCCUGGCCACUGCUGCGGAGGCCACAGGGCUGGCAUACUGAGACCGCAGGGCUGGCAUACUGAGACCGCAGGGCUGACAUACUGAGACCGCAGGGCUGGCAUACUGAGUCCGCAGGGCUGGCAUACUGAGACAUUCUGGCCUGGCAUACUGAGACCGCAGGGCUGGCAUACUGAGACCGCAGGGCUGGCAUACUGAGACCGCAGGGUUGGCAGGCAUACUGAGACCGCAGGGUUGGCAUACUGAGACCGCAGGGCUGGCAUACUGAGACCGCAGGGCUGGCAUACUGAGACCGCAGGGCUGGCAUACUGAGACCGCAGGGCUGGCAUACUGAGACCGCAGGGCUGGCAUACUGAGACUGCAGGGCUGGCAUACUGAGACUGCAGGGCUGGCAUACUGAGCUCCUAAAGAGAACAGUAUGUUUGUCAAGGAGAAAAUGAACUCCUGCAUUCACACAGUCAACAGCUGCUGCAGCAGUUGAGAUAAGCUAAAAGCAGAUGCUGAAAGGAGAAUGGGUUUCAAAUGUACUGUGUCUAUCCAUGUCUCAGUUCAAUCAGUAUCGGUGGAAUAUUCCAUUUUCUGUACAAUGCUGUAACUCCAUUUUGAGUCAUCCAUGUUUGUGGCUCUUAAACCAUAGAUGUUGACUGGUAGAUGGAUCUGUUUGUCUUUUAUCCUUCUCCUUUGUCUUUUGCGUGAGUUGGCUAAAACAGAAACAAAUCUGGCGCAAAGCUCCAUGUUCACUGUCACCUUUUGCACCAUUAUGGCCUUUUGAUGUGUUUGAAUGACUAACCGUCCUCAGGUCUAGACACUGUCACCAUUAUGGCCUUUUGAUGUGUUUGAAUGACUAACCGUCCUCAGGUCUAGACACUGUCACCAUUAUGGCCUUUUGAUGUGUUU